CCCUACGACAGAAAUAAAAAGGGGGAAGUUUGUAUCGUGAUAAAAAGCCAGUGAUGUGCCAGAAAUCCAUUGAGUUCUGACUUGACCUAACUUUGGCAACGGCCCAACACAACUGCACCAGCGACAGAAUUGGGAUUAUACCAAAUCUCUCAAUUAAACAUCAACACUCGACCUCUUUCGUCGCCAUGAAAUUCAUUACUGCAAUCUCCUUUCUCUUCGCUGCGGUCGUAUCCGCCCAGUCCUGCGUCGGUGACGAGCUGCAGGUUUGUGUAGGUAACAAGAUCAAGUUCUGCAACCUCGCGAGGAACAACGUUUUCGAUUUUAUGGACUGCGGCAGUCAAAAGUGCCACAAUGUUGCUGGAGGAGCAAACUGUCAAUAAUUUGGUUCAUGGCACUUUGUGUGGAGAGGGAAAUUUUGGAUGGAAUGUUGGCCUCACGCGUAGACUUUUUGAGAAUAAAGCCAAUCAAAUGAGCUCAGCUCUGAUCUAGUCAUGUCAUGAAACACUGGAACUUUCGCGAAUUAUGUGAAUGCCCAACUGUGGGCAGUACACACUGCACAUCUGGACCAACGAGGCAAGCAAUGAGG